CAUCCUCCCCCUCUGCAGCCCCGUGCAGACCCGGUGCAGCCCCGGUGCAGACCCGGUGCAGACCCGGUGCAGACCGGCCCCGAACAGCCGCAGUGAUCCCGGACAGGCGCUCGGAGCCGCUGACAUGCACGCAGACGUGCGCGCGGACGUGGCCGUGUCUCUGUCGCUGCUCGCGGGCGUCGUGGCGCUCAGCGAGGCGUCCCGCGCGCUGCUCUCUAGGACCCUCGCGCACACUGGACUGCGCGUGUACGCGGCGGAGCUCGUGUCCACCUUCCAGCUGUGCUGCUGCACGCACGAGCUGAAGAUGCUGUCCGAGGUGGGCGGGGUCGAGCCGCGCCUCGCGCUCACCUUGACGUACGUGGCGUCCGUCGUGCACGGGCUCACUUUCCGGGGCGCCAUCGGGAACCCGUCCGGCGCGCUCGAGCACGCGUACCGCGCACGGCUGUCGGGCGGAUGCGCCCUGAAGCGGAUCGCGUGCCAGUUCGCCGCCGCGGCGGCGGCGCGCGUGGCCGCGCCGCUGGUGUGGGGCUUGGGGCUGUCGGGGGUCCACGCGCGGCUCAAGCUGGGCGGCUUCCGGUGCGACAGCCUCGUGCACGCGCCCCUGCACGAGGCCGCCGCGGUGGAGCUCGCGUGCGCCUUUGUGGUUCAGACUGUCAUCACGCACACGCGGGAGGUGGAGGAGAAGUACCGCGUGCACGCGGUGGCAGCAGCCAUCACCAGCGUGGUUCAUGCAGGCGGCAGUGUGACCGGAGCUGUCUUUAACCCCGCCCUGGCCUUCUCCACCCAGUUCCGCUGCAGCGGUUCCUCCUUCCUGGAAAACUGUCUGGUCUACUGGCUCGGGCCGCUGAUCGGGAUGAGCGGCUCGGUUCUGCUGUCGGACCGGCUGCUCCCCGCAGCGUGGAGAACGUGGUUCUCCCCCCGUCUCCCCGGGAACCCCAAGAAGAUGACAUGAGGAGCGUCGGAGGACGCCUCACGUCUUACCGAUUAUGGAUCUGCACUUUUUGCUGAACCGGACCGAUGACCGACCUGGAGUCACCGUCAGAACUCAAACUGAGGGAACAUUUAGAUUCCAGCGGGAGGUCAGAGGUCGCCGAUUCAACACUAAUUCACUAAUGGAAGACCGAGAUAGAACCCCACAGGUGGGAUGCAGACGCAGUGAGGAAACUGAAUUCUGUUGUAAAUUGUAGCAGUAGAAACUGUGAAGCUGGUUUAUCCGUAAAAACACUUUUCAGAAGUUUCUCCACCGACUGAUCCGAAACUCCACAUCCGACCACGUCUCCAGUGAAAAUGUUGAAAGAUAAUUCAUGUCAGCAGGAUCUCAUGCAUCGUAAAUCUACAUUAAAGACUGUUUCAGAGCUUACAUUAAAAUGCUUUUACUUUGAAAUGAGUGUAAAAAACAUCUGACAAGAAGUGGAAACUGUCUUGAAGCUGCUGACUUGGAGGUUUUCCAGCACCGGAUUCCAGAUCUGAUCCAGGCAGGUUCCACCUGCACCGGGAGGAAGGACACAAGGGGACACUCACGCACGCACGCA